CCGGAGCACGCGGCCCGCGGCCCGAGCGUGCGCGCCCCACAGAGCCCCGCGCGGACGGCAGCGAGAUGAGUUUACAACUAAUUUUCUGGGUUGGAUUGGUCGGUUGCUCAAUCUGUCAAGUACGGGGCCAGACAGGUGGAAAUGACUGCUUAAAAGCAAAUGCAAAAUCAUGUGGAGAAUGUAUUCAAGCAGGACCAAAUUGUGGAUGGUGCACAAAUUCUUCAUUUUUACAAGAAGGAAUGCCUACUUCUGCCCGGUGUGAUGAUUUAGAAGCAUUAGAAAAGAAAGGCUGCCGUCCACAGGACAUAGAAAAUCCUCGAGGCCACAAAAUUAUCCGGAAAAAUAAAAAUGUGACAAAUCGCAGUAAAGGUACAGCAGAAAAACUGCAGCCUGAAGAUAUUACUCAGAUCCAACCACAGCAACUAACUUUGAAGUUACGCUCAGGAGAACCACAGACAUUUACAUUAAAAUUCAAGAGAGCUGAAGACUAUCCUAUCGACCUCUAUUAUCUUAUGGAUCUCUCUUACUCCAUGAAAGAUGACUUAGAGAAUGUAAAGAGUCUUGGAACAGAUCUAAUGUACGAAAUGAAGAGAAUCACUUCAGAUUUCCGAAUUGGAUUUGGUUCCUUUGUGGAGAAAACUGUGAUGCCAUAUAUUAGUACAACACCGGCUAAACUCAGGAACCCUUGCACAGGCGACCAAAACUGCACCAGUCCAUUUAGCUACAAAAAUGUGCUCAGUCUUACAGAUAAAGGGGAAGUGUUUAAUGAGCUUGUAGGAAAACAGCACAUUUCUGGCAAUUUGGAUUCUCCAGAAGGGGGAUUUGAUGCAAUCAUGCAGGUUGCAGUUUGUGGAUCAUUAAUUGGCUGGAGAAAUGUUACACGACUGUUGGUUUUUUCCACUGAUGCUGGGUUUCACUUUGCUGGAGAUGGUAAACUCGGUGGAAUUGUUUUACCAAAUGAUGGACAAUGUCACCUAGAAAAUAAUGUGUACACAAUGAGCCAUUAUUAUGAUUAUCCUUCUAUUGCUCACCUUGUCCAAAAACUCAGUGAAAAUAACAUUCAGACAAUUUUUGCAGUUACAGAAGAAUUUCAGGCUGUUUACAAGGAACUGAAGAAUUUGAUUCCCAAGUCAGCAGUAGGAACAUUGUCUGCAAAUUCUAGCAAUGUAAUUCAGUUGAUCAUUGAUGCAUACAAUUCCUUAUCUUCAGAAGUCAUUUUGGAAAAUGGCAAGUUGCCAGAGGGAGUAACAAUAAAUUACAAAUCUUACUGCAAAAAUGGAGUGAAUGGGACAGGAGAAAAUGGAAGAAAAUGUUCCAAUAUUUCCAUUGGUGAUGAGGUUCAGUUCGAGAUUAGCAUAACUUCCACAAAAUGUCCUGAGGAGGACUCAAAAACCGUGAAAAUUAAGGCUCUGGGUUUCACUGAAGAAGUAGAGAUUACACUCCAGUUUAUUUGUGAAUGUGAGUGCCAGAGUGAAGGCCUUCCAAAUAGUCCAGAGUGCCAUGAGGGAAAUGGAACGUUUGAAUGCGGUGCCUGCCGGUGCAACGAGGGACGUGUUGGUAGGCAUUGUGAAUGUAGCACAGAUGAAGUAAAUAGUGAAGACAUGGAUGCUUACUGCAGGAAAGAAAAUAGUUCUGAAAUUUGCAGCAAUAAUGGAGAAUGUGUCUGUGGACAGUGUGUUUGUAGGAAGAGAGAUAAUACAAAUGAAAUUUAUUCUGGCAAAUUCUGUGAAUGUGACAAUUUCAACUGUGAUAGAUCCAAUGGAUUAAUUUGUGGAGGAAAUGGUGUUUGCAAGUGUCGAGUGUGUGAGUGUAACCCCAAUUACACUGGCAGUGCUUGUGAUUGCUCUUUGGAUACAUCUUCAUGUAUGGCAUCAAAUGGGCAGAUCUGCAAUGGCCGAGGAGUAUGCGUAUGUGGUUCCUGUAAAUGCACCGAUUCUAAAUUCCAAGGGGCAACUUGUGAGAUGUGUCAGACUUGCCUUGGUGUCUGUGUUGAGCACAAAGAAUGUGUUCAGUGCAGAGCUUUUGAAAAAGGAGAAAAAAAGGACACAUGUGCAAAAGAGUGUUCAUACUUCAACAUUACCAAAGUAAAAAGUCGAGAAGACUUACCCCAGCCUGGCCAGCGGGAGGCUCUCUCCCACUGUAAGGAGAAGGAUGUUGAUGACUGCUGGUUUUAUUUUACAUAUUCAGUCAAUGGAAAUAAUGAAGUUGUUGUUCAUGUAGUGGAGACACCAGAGUGUCCCACUGGUCCAGAUAUCAUUCCCAUUGUAGCUGGGGUGGUUGCAGGAAUUGUGCUGAUCGGCCUUGCAUUAUUGCUGAUUUGGAAGUUGCUGAUGAUAAUUCAUGACAGAAGAGAAUUUGCUAAAUUUGAAAAGGAGAAAAUGAAUGCAAAAUGGGACACGGGUGAAAAUCCAAUUUACAAGAGUGCGGUGACAACUGUGGUCAACCCUAAGUAUGAGGGCAAAUGAACAUGCUUAUGCAAAUCCACAACAUUUUCUGCAGGGUCAGUUUUUAUAGUCACAGUAAGAUAGCUUUAGGGCAAUACCGCAGUGGUUUUACUAACUCGUUACAUGUAUGUGUUUCCUAUGCAGGUUUUGAAAAUGUACAGUAUGUAUAAUUUUUUUUUUUUGCAAAUAGAGUUAUAAUCAGUGCCAGGGACUGACAGAAAACUUGAGAUAGGAUCUUGAUCCUAGUCAGAUGAGGUUAACAUUGUGCCUUUUUGACCUAUUCCCUCCUGAGCUAUUGAUAUCUAGGUCUUUAGGAAAUGUAAGAUACUGCUAAGAAUACUUUGAGAGGGAAAUGGUUAAAGUAAUCAGCAUGAUGAGGUCUGUCCAUUAAGUAUUAAAUGGAAUUUUAGCUUUACAAAAAUAUCAGGGCUUGAGUUUGCAAAUGCAUUGAAUCCAAAGUAAUUACUUAGCUAUUAGCUUGGUUAGAAAUAUUACUUUUAAACUUAUCUUUUUGAGAUUUGUCUGUGAGUCACCUCUGAUUGAUUACAUUGCUAUAACUUAAGCAGGUUGAGAAUUAAGUGCAUAAAAAGUUUUAAAAAUAUUUGAUUAGUAUUUUCCUACUGUCUACAGGGAGACUAAAAAAUGUGGAAUGAAUUGAAAGUAUUAGGAAGGAGAAAAAUAGCUUUAAAAAAAACCAAUCCGUAUGCUGUUUUCAAGAGUUACUGAUUUGUACAUAGUAACAGCAAUAUUGUUCGAUGAAGAAUUGUAAAUGACUUAGCUAUUCUCAGCAAUACAAUGAUCCA